GUAGUUGCGACGCUUGGUAGGUGGGUUGGUAAACCCAGUGUUUUAGUGUUUUCAGUUUUGUUUUUGUGGUCUUCUGCUUCAGUUUCCAUCUGUCGUCUCUUACGGUACCCAUGGAAUGAUAUGGGGUAGUGGAUAUUCUUACGCCGCCACUACAUAGCGCAUCUUUCUUAAAUCGAAAAAAAAAGCUUUUAUUAUUACUAUUAAUUGAUUUGAGUCUACUAGAAGUAAUUUCAUAAGGAAAUUUGAACAGAACUGACGUAGGCACAUUUCAUAAUAUUCUAUCCCAACCAAAUGGUGACGAUGCGAAAGUUCUGUUCGAAUCCAUGGCCCACGUAGUAUAAUAAGUAUUAACUAACGUUAUAUUGAGUAAGUCAUGUAUGUUAGGGUAUGAUGGGACUGACAUACGCUAAGCGUUAAAUGUCCUUUAAAUUAUUGUAGAAAAAAAAAAGGUUAUUUUUAUUGUUAUGAGUUGAUGGAAUAUUACAACGUCAAUGCCGUCUAAAAAGUUACACUAAAAACUUCAUCCUACAUUUUUCAGUCCUUCGGGAUAAAUAUUUUCACCAAAUUUAUAUUUCACCACCCCUAAAGUAAAACAUAGUUAUUGAAAAAACCGGCCAAGGCAGCUUAAGCCCGUGCUUUGCGGCAUUCAUUUAGGGGAGGCCUAUGUUCAGCUGUGGACUUGUAAAGGGCUGUAACGAUGGUGAUGAUGAUGAUGAAAAUAUUUUUUCUCUAUUUAUUACGUCUCCCUGUCUUCUCUCAUUUCUGGAAGAGUUGUGUUAACCCAAUUAGUCAAUCAGUCUGCAGAAUCACUCUAGUGCGUGUUGGCUUCAUAUGUCCUCAAAAAUAAUAAAUCAUUCCUCAGUCGUUUCCUCACGAUGCAUCCCUUUACCGAUGAGCACGUGCAAAAUCAGCACUUAGUUACUCACAAGAUGAUUAAAAUCACCAAUUGGACCCAAUAGGUGGCGCUGUCGUCAAGAUCUAGAAAUCAACCGUGCGAAGCCGGGGCAGAUCUUUAGUAUAUUGUAAAGCUUAGCGCCUAAACUACCACGACUCUAUUGUUAAUUUACCUAUUUCCAUUGUAAUCAUUAAAGAAAACCUUUUAAACGUAGCAGAACUAUGCUGCAGCUAUAUUAAUUGUAUAGUUAUAGCAGGAAUGGGUCGGCUCGACCGGGGAAGGACCACACUCUCAGAAAAUACCAACGUAAAAUAGCAGCUUAAUGCUGCUGUGUUUUGAUUGGUGAGUGUAGAUUACCGGAGACCUUUUUACUGGAAACGAGAUAUUCCAUCUUAGUCCUCACGGCUGACAACGCAUCUGCAUUUUGAUUCGCAUACGUGAAUAGGUGUAAAUGUCUAUGGGCCACAGCAGCCACUUACAAUUAGUGGACUGUGUGGUCGCUUGUCACAUUUAUCAUCAUAAAGAUGUUUUUAUUCAUUGCUUAAUGUGAUUACCUGUUAGUAUACAAAUCUUGUGCGUAUAUCUAGGGAAAAUAUGAUGUGCAAAUGUUGACAUUAAUUUAAUUGAGAUUUGUAUUUUAUCUAUGUAGAUUUUUGUUGUUUGCUCAAAACAGUUGUAUAAGCCUCUCUAAAUGAUAACAAGAUGAAAUUAUUUACCACUACUGCGUUGAAAAUGUUUGCUUUUUAUAUACAUUUACGUUAAUAUAUCAAAUAUUCAACAAUAAAUCCGAAUCUGAUAGGAACUUAAAUAAUAAAAAAAACUGCGUUUGCCAACGCGCUUGCCAAGUGUGGUAACUAUGACAAAUAUCCCACCUAUGAGGCAAUCUAUGGGGGAGGCUUAUUUUUAGCAGUAGAAUUUAAUGGGCUGUAAUGGAUGUCACUAGUCAGGAUUUUGAGGAAGGUAUUCUUGAGGACAAUAAUGACAAGCUUGAAGACGGAGUUUCCGAAAGUUGCAUAUUGCGGUGUUCAUAUUUCGUUCCGUAGUCACCUAUUUGGCCGUGGAAAAUCUCUCGCUGGGGAAAGUGUUCAGCUCGGGCUGAUACUAAAAAUGGUACUACUCAGUUGCCACGAUUAACGUUACUUAUUUUUAUUUCAGCAAGAAACCCAUUGGAGAAGAAUAUUGUCAGUUUCUUGACAAAAUGGCAAGCAGACAUGUUAACGAUUCCGUCGCUAAAAUCUUUAAAAAUUCCACCAGUCGAAUAUAACUAUCAAGGAAGAGGAAUUAAGAUGGAUUACUCGAUUGGUGACAUGGAACUUACUGGUCUGAAGCAAUUUUCUAUCAAAAAUAUUGCUGCGUCAGAAAAAACCUUAGAAGUAUCCUUAACAUUACUUUUUCCAGUCUUAACCCUUCGUUCUGAACAAUACAAAUUGACUGGCUGGGCUUAUUAUGUAUAUCCACUUAGAGGAUCGGGGAAGAUGAAUCUUGUCUUCCGAAAUUCUAUAAUUACCGCCACGGUGCGUUUUGCAUCUGACAGAGGCGGUACAAGAAUACACGAUUUCUUAUUAAACUUCGAUGUAAAACAAAUAGAGGCUGAUCUCCAGAACAGUUCGUGGCCAAUAAAUGUAUUACUAAAUACUGAAGGCGCUCAAAUUCUUGCAGAAUAUCAUAGUACAAUAGUCAAAGCGCUGUGGGAUUAUGUUGUGCCCACCGUAAACAACUAUUUGUUAGAUGUGCCACCAUCACACCUUUUACAAAUCAUUGUGGAUUCUAAAUAAAUUAAUAUUAUACGU